AUGGGGGAUAAUUCGGCUGUGGUCGAGGAUUCUCCUUUUCCUUUGACCGAUGUCGACAAAUGGGUGCUCUCGCAAACCGACGACGAGUAUGCGUACCACACCUGGGAAGAUUUGCGCUCCAUCAUUCAAAAAAAUAACCUCUCUGUGCUCAAGCGGAAGCCGUCCGAUCUUCGGCGCUACAUGAAAUGGACUGCCGAAAUUAAAGCCGAGUACGGCAACAUGACCAACUACCUCCUAGCCCACCGCCUGCCAAAGGCCUGGGGGUCGCCGCCGUUCUCGCCCGUGUCUGAGACCCAGUUCGCGGACCCGUCCGACUACCGCGUUCUCCUCAAUGACUGGCCCUACGGGUUCGUUCCAGGCAUUGUCCACAUCGUCGUUUGGACCCGGACCGCAAUCCCGACCGCUUCCGGAGCCGGCGACAUGACUCCCGAAAGCAGGAAGCUGGUGGCUGACUUUGUAAAACGCUUCUUUGUAGAUAGACUCGGCCCUGGAGGCGAGGAGCGUGUCAUGUGGUUUAAGAACUGGGUGGCGCUGCAGAGUGUGCGCGCUCUCGAGCAUGUUCACGUCUUGGUGAAGGAUGUCGACGCGGCCGUGAUUGAGGAAUGGACGAAGGAGAGGGAGUGGCAUAGACUGCAGUAA